AUGAUCGGUAGCGCUAGGAAGGAAGGUGGAUGGCAUCUUGAGACCGAAAACCCCGACCACAAUCAUGGACCGUCGGAUGACUUAAGUCAGCAUCCAACAUUACGGCGGUUGACGGAGGAGCAGCUUCAAAGGGUACAUGAUAUGUACGAUGCUGGAAACACCCCAUCAGAUACAAUCCAAGAGCUUCGCAGAGUGUGGCCGGACAUCAAGAUACUCACGCGCGACAUUUACAAUACGCGCAAGAAGUACAAGACGCAGAAGGAGCUCGAAGAAGCGGCAGGAGGACAGUCAGGGCCACAGCCAUACACAGACCCAAAUGGGAUAAUGCCAGGCCCUGAUGAUCGUGGUAGGUGGGCUUGGAUACAUGACGGCGAUGAGAUCACCCCAAAGGGCAGGAGAAGACGUAAAACAGUACCAGCGGAACAUGCAACUCUUGACCCUCAGCUCCAGACGCCAACUCGCGCAAGUGAGCGAGUCUCUGGAAUCUCUUCGGCGCAUCAGCAACUGGUCAAUGCUUCGGGUGAUAGCGCUGCUUCUCUGCCUUACUCUUUGCCAGGCGAUAGCAGCCGCAAUGCCCUUCCCAGUCGAGGCGGUGAAUGGAUGGACCCUACUCGACUCAACGCCAGCAUUGCCCCCGAUCCAUCAAUGAGACCGUUCGAUACAAAUCCAGAAAGUACAACUAAUGGCUUAGUCCCUGAAUCGCAAGUCGCGACUGCUUCGAAUACAUCACCGCAGAUUUCAGAAACGAGAAAUCACCUUGAGUCGAGGCUGGAAAGUCUUGAAAAAGAACAGCGUGAGACUAGGAGCAUGCUAUCUCAAAUCUUAGGAGCCGUCCAAGGUACCGGUAGCAGUCCGCAGCAUGCUUCCCGUCGGCCCUGA